GUUUUUUCAAUUUUCCCUCUUUUCUCUCUUUCUUCAAUCAUUGUUUUAUGUCUCCCUUUCUUCAUCCUCCUCCAUAUAUAUUCAUAAAGAAAAGAAAAAGAUACAGAUAUCUCUUUGUACUCCCUUCUUUCUCUGUAAAUUAAAAUGGAAAGCUUGAGUUUCUUUGUUGGGGUUAUAGGCAACAUCAUCUCAGUGCUCAUGUUUCUUUCUCCUGCGAGAACAUUUUGGCAAAUCAUAAACCAGGGUUCAACGGAGGAGUUUGAGAGUCUUCCAUAUAUUUGCACAUUUUUAAGCUCAUUCUUGUGGGUUUAUUAUGGGAUCACAAAGCCUGAUGGACUGCUUAUAGCUACUGUUAAUGGCUUCGGAGUCCUGGUUGAGACUGUCUAUAUUGCAUUGUUUCUUUUCUAUGCCCCAGCAAAGAUGAAGGUAAAGACUGGAAUCCUGGUAGGGAUAUUGGAUGUGAGUUUUCUAACAGCAGCGAUUUUGCUGACUCGGUUAGCUUUAAAGGGAGAUUCACGUAUUGAUGCAAUAGGUAUCUUAUGUGCAGGCUUAAACAUUAUCAUGUAUGGAUCGCCUCUAUCUGCCAUGAAAACAGUAGUGGCAACCAAGAGCGUGGAGUAUAUGCCAUUCUUGCUCUCAUUUUUCUUGUUCCUCAACGGAGGGAUUUGGACUCUAUAUGCUUUUCUUGUUCAAGAUCUUUUCCUUGGGGUACCAAAUGGGGCUGGGUUUCUGCUUGGAACAGCGCAGCUUCUUCUGUAUGCAAUUUACAGAAAUGCAAAGCCCUCCAUUAACUCCAAAAAUAUUAUCUCAGAUGGACUACUCGAAGAAGGAUUCCAACAUCAUCAACCCCUCAUUCUCCCUCAAUCCUCCACUUGAAAACUUUUUCAACACAAAAUACCAAAUAAUUGUCUCUCUUUAAUUAUUAAUUACUCAAAUUUCAUCUUCUCCGGGUAUGCCUUCCUGCUACUAUAAAUAUAUAUAUAUAUAUAUAGUACUCACACCUUUGAUUAUAUGCCCAUCAUUGGUUUGAAAAUUUUUAAUUAUUAUUAUUAUUAUUUGUUUUUUUGUCACCACCAGAAUUGUGUCUUUUUGCGUAUAUGUACAAAUUAUAAUACCAUAUCUGUAAUGAGAAUCUAUCAUUACCCGGUGUAAGUUAAGUUUAUGAAGUGAAUAGAAAUAGAUAUAUUCCCCUAACCAUGGAGGUCUUUGU